AUGACUCCUUCAGUAUUCGACAUGAGUUCAUCACCUUUUAAACUACUCCUCGCGAUUUUUUUUCUCAAAAUUAUCAACACCGAAAAAAUUACUUUUAAAAAUGUGACACUUUUUGAGCAGAGAAGCCAGACAGAAACCACAGUGGUUGCCUCCGAUAAUCUGAAAAAAAACAUUAUUAGCGGAGAAGAAGUAUCCGUGUCAGUUACAGGUGACGUGUAUACUUUGUACGAAAAAUCGGUUUACGAUAUACCUAAUUUGAAAAUUCUAAUACUAUCUCAGUUGCGUUUGCAAGAAAUCGAACCAGGAGCCUUUGGAAGCUUACCACUCUUGAAAUAUCUGGCUUUGAAUGAUAACCGUUUAAGUGAAAUCAGAACAGGUACUUUCAGUAAUUUAAACGUGUCUUACAUCGAUUUAUCACGUAAUUCGCUCGAUCGUCUGGAACCUGGCGCUUUCAAAAAUGUCACCCUUCGAUACUUGGGGUUCGCCGCUAAUAAGCUUUAUGAAUUUCCAAAUGGGGUUUUUGAAAAUGUAACCAUUGAAAAGUUAAAUCUGGAAAUGAAUAAAGUCCACACCAUAGCUCCAAAUUCACUGUCAAGAAUUUCGUUGCAACAUUUAAUCCUCACUGGCAACCAUUUGAAGCAAAUCAAUCCAGAAGCUUUCAACAUUCCGGAAUUAACAGUCCUCAAGUUGAACUACAACAUGAUCAAAAUUCUGCGACCUGGCGAUUUGAAAAACUUACCGCAACUAAACAAUUUAACUCUUGCAAAUAACCAGUUGAACGAGAUUCCAGAAGGGGUUUUCAACAACACCAAAAUCACCCAUUUGGGGCUGCUUUUCAACGAAAUAAAUACAAUCGCGCCGAAAGCUUUGGACGACAUGAAAAGACUCAAGGUUUUGGAUUUUAGUAAAAAUAAUGUAAGUCAGUGGGAUGACAAUUGGCUGAGUGGAAGUUCAAACCUUGUUUUGCUUAGUGCUCGGGACAAUCAAAUUGUGAGGCUUCCAGAUGAAGCUUUCACGAAUUAUCCUCGUUUGACUUUGCUUGAUCUACAAGACAACAAAAUUAGGAAAAUUUCAACAAAAGCGUUUCAUGGGUUGGAAAGGGUUGACAACUUGUUGUUGUGUUGUAACGAGAUUGAUAGUUGGAGUUUCGAUUUAUUGGCUAAUGUUAGUGUUGGAAGUAUUGAUCUUAGUUUGAACAAAAUGAGGUGUAUUGAAGAGGAUUUGGAUAAAGUUUUUGAGAAUGUUGACAAUUUGGUGGAACUGUUUGAUAAUCCAUGGGAAGACGAGUGUGGCGAGAAGAUUGAGGAGUUCAUGGAGAAAAAGAACAACGCAUAUUUUUCUAAAUUAAGGGUUAAAUGACAA